GAAGCCAAGGCCACAUGAAAACCCAAACAAAACAAAGAUAAACAGAACCAGAAAAAAAAAAAAAAAAAAAAGGCAGCUUCAGCAUAGUUUUGAGUAAAAAUUCCAAAACUCACUCCUCUCAUGGCAGCUGCUGCCACCCCGACCAAUCUCUUCUCCUCUUUUCUCUCCCUCUCACCAAGAACUCCUUUCUCCUCUUCAAACUCCUCUUCUCCCAUUUCUUGCAAAUCCAUCUCAAUUUCAGGCUCUUCCCUUCUCACCAUUCCAUCACACCCCUGUCGGAGCAGUCGAGACGUCGCAGUCUCCGUAGCCUUCAAUCCAUCUGGGAAUUUCGAUCUCUCUCUUACCGAUGCAGAAGAACAAGAUGAUGCUGCCAAAGUUGCCCCUCCAAUGCCACCAACAGAGGGGCGUUUCGAAGUUGUAAUCAACAACGAUGUAAUUCGGCGUCUUGACCUAUUGCCAGUUCAUGCAGCAAUUGGAAAUAGCUCACUUCCAGAAGAUGGCUCCAUAAUCAAACCAAAAGAGCUUCUGGAACGGACAAUAGGCUUCACCAUAAACUAUGAAAGAGAAGAUCAAUAUGAUCUUUGUGAACUAUCCGAAUUCCCCGAUAUAAGAUUAUGGUUUGUGAGGCUCGAUGCUUCUUAUCCAUGGUUGCCUGUGGUGUUGGAUUGGAGAGCUGGAGAGCUCGCUCGCUAUGCAGCAAUGCUAGUUCCUCAUCAGAUGAGUGUGAGAUUGGGCAUUGUGUUCAAUCCUGAGGCCUUGGAGUUAUUUGCCAUGAAGAAGGUUUUUAUCGUGUACUCUUGGUUGAGGCAACACAAGAUUCCAAAGCCUAGGCUAAAGACGAGCGACAUGGCUAGGAUGCUUGGGUUCGGUGUAGGAGAUGAACUCUUCGAUUUGAUUGAUGGAAACCCUCUUCUUCCUCCACAAAUUAAUGAUUCAUAGAACUCUGAUACAUGGGGCCCAUGCAUGAGAGUGCAAGUGUAACAUCAAACUUCAUCUAAGCUGUCGAGUGUGACCUAAUAUGAUCAUGGGUUCAUAUUUCACGUCCACCAGAAGCUCCAUGAAAGCGACAUGCGGCCCACUGAAACAGGAGGUAGUCAUCAAACACAUUUUCUCCAACAAGGAUAAUUGGAUCAUGAAAGAAUCUAAUUUCCAUUUCAUCUAUAUGCGACCACAUGAACUUAUAUUUAAUUCAGAUCACAGUGAGAGUAUCAAGUUUCUUAUUACUGUAUUUCAUAGUUGUUCGGAGAUCAAGGUAAUUUCGAAGUAGCCCAGUAAUGUUAGGAUCUGGUUUCUUCGACAUUGUCACAUGAAGUUAUAAAAUUCAUACAAGCAAAAGACUGCAGUCGAUGAGGUAGA